AUGAAAGCCGCUUCGCUGAUGAUGCCCAAGAAGUUCCGCAGCGUGCGAGACAAAAAUGGCACUCACCGUCGAAAUAAAUCCUCCGAAAACGGCGCCAAGGUCUGUGGACUUAUCGCACGGCCCCUAACCGCCGACUCCUUCCUCUCUUUGUUCAAGUUCGACUCAAAACAGGCCCAGAAGGAAAGGGAAGAAGAAGAGAAAGAGGCUGCAAAGAUAGCCAAGCGCCUGCAGGAACUAAACUAUCACGAAAUAUCGAAAGAAGGCAUCCGGUAUGCGCUGAAUUCUAAGUUCGCCGGGGGCGAUCCGGACAAAGCUGUCGAACUUCUACAACUCCAACAAAAAGCCUUUGCUGGAAUAAUACAACCUUACAACCCUAAUGUCGAAAUGCUAGGCGCCGAAAAUAGGGGAAACGUCACCUGCUAUUUGGAUGCCUUACUCUUCGCCAUGUUCGCCAAGCUAACGGCCUUCGAGUGCAUGCUGAAGAAUGAUUUUGCAGACGAGUCUCAAAACAAGCUAGCUACUCUCCUUAGGCUAUGGGUCAACAUGUUGAGGAGUGGGAAGCUGAUCCACACGGAUAUGACACAACACAUACAAGAGACUCUUGCUGCAUGUGGUUGGAAGGAUGCGCAACUUCUUGAACAACAAGACACAUCCGAGGCCUUCGCGUUUAUAACCGAGACGUUGCAGUUGCCUCUUCUCGCACUCCAGGUCGACCUUUUCCACCAAGGGAAAGGGGACGCAGAUGACCACAAAGUCGUCCAUGAAAGGUUACUGAACCUCGGUGUUCCGCCUGACCCCGAGGGAAAAGGUAUCAAUCUUGAAGACUGCUUGGAAGAGUACUUCAAUACCAAGGUUGAUGUCCUCCGGGAUAGCUGGGAGGAGAAGAAGGGCGGGGACAAGCUCGGCUUGACUCCAAGGAGCACAAUUCGCGUUGUUUCCGAGGAGGAAGUUGAAACACCUCGUAGGGAUGCCGCGGUUACCCAGCUGCAACGCAGCUCGACGGAGCCCAUUACGCAAUCGCCAGUGUCCGUAUCCGGUCCGGCGUCGCCAAGCUUUGACGCACCGACAGCUUCCCGUACGAGGUCAACGAGCAUCAUACAGCGAUUUGUCGUGGAUGGCGAAGGGCAUCCCCGAGACCCAGAGACGAUGAGCUUGCUUCAGCGAGCGAAGCGUACCGGCUCAACUGUGGUCAAGGCAGUAACGAUCCCUGCCUGGCAAUUCUUUCGGUUAAUACCUUGGCAUGCCGCGUCGAACAACGAGCCCAGAAACGAUGUGGAGGUUGCCCGACAUUUUAACCAACGCCCUAUUGUGGGUAUCUGCUUGAAGAGAUAUACAAUGACAGAACAGGGCGUCCCGAAACGGCACAACACCCUUAUCGAUAUUCCCGACAGUUUGCGACUCCCACAUUUCAUGGUCGUGGACGAUGUCAACUCAGAACAGUCCUCAAGCGGACUGAGUCAGGAAUACAAGCUUGUGUUACAGUCAGUGGUCUGCCACCGUGGCGAUUCACUUCACAGUGGCCACUAUGUCGCCUUUGCUCGGGUUGCUCCGAAGCUCUUGACCGAUAACCGGAGACACGAUCAUGAUCCACCUCCAGACUACGAGGAGGCGCAGUGGGCCAAAUUCGACGAUCUGGCGGUAGAGAAGAGGGUGACUUAUGUGGACGAUAUCAGGCAAUCUCUUCGGGAAGAGAUGCCCUACCUUCUCUUUUACCAGAUCGUCCCAAUGGUCGACGUAACGGCCGCGUCGACCGACGGGUCUGUAACGGAACCCCCUUCCUACCUCGAAACUGCUACGACUGUACCAGGAACCCCGAGCGUUGAGACGGCAGUCGAGCCUUCCAACGCCAUUUCGAGGUCUGCUAGCGGCUACUUCGACUCGACGACAACGCUCCCAGCUGGUGCUCCCGACAUUCGCCUUAGCUCUGAGGUCGAAGGGCCAGUGCGACUCAGUUUUGACGAUGGUUCGGAUGCAGCUGUUCAACAACCAGAUCCGGGCAACUCGAGGCGCGCCAGCAUCUCGUUCUCUGAGCCCGCAGCCCACCCAUCCGGUGUCAGCACCGAGACUACCUCUCCAGUCAUGACACCGCAAGACGAGAGCACUGGAACCAGGCUCUCACGUGCUGCCGCGAGGUUCACCAAAUCCAGCAGCAAGUCCCGUGCCACCAGCCAGGCCAGUGACGGGAGGAUGAGCUUCUCUAUCCCGAGGCUAGGCUUUCAACGGACGAGCAAGGAACUACCUAACGGAGGGACCGGUGCUAAUCGUCUCAGCUCUGAGGGAGGGGCAGAUGAACAAGGGGCGCUCAGUGAGGCCGAUGAAGCGGCUAAUAGCGAAGAUAGGGGGAAGGAUCACCAUCACCAUUAUCAUAGGAGGGAGCGGAAUAAGUCCAAGAGCCGGGAAAAGGAAGAGAAGAAGGCGAAGGAGAAGGGCAAGGGAUCCAAAGAUACUGCUGCGGACAAGGAGGCCGUCCCUGACCGCGAGUGCGUGGUCAUGUGA